AUGGGCAAGCGAGUAUUUGUUGACUGGGAGUUGUGGCAGCAGAUGACUUUUGUACUGGCUUGUGCCAUCGGCGUCGUCUUCAUUAUAGGCUUUGUGAAGCUAUGGUGGUCAAACCGAUACAUGGCCAAGCUCGAAAUCAUUGACGCGGAAAAGAGGGCACAUGCCUCAGAGAUGGAAUCAACCGGCCUGCCGCCCCCACGAAAGCAAUCCGAAAUCCCCUUUGGCGUCCGCGCCAUUCAGUCCGGCAUCGAGGUCGACGGCAUCUGGAUUUCUCGCCCCGCCACCCCUGCCACCGAUUCCCCUCUCAAUUCCGCCAAGGGCAAGGGCAAGUACGUCUCUAUGGGUCCCAUCUCACCCGCCUCAACGAACUCCUCAGACCCCUUUGGCUCUCCGCCUUCGUCUCGCGGCGGCAACGGUGUUACCAUUGGUCCUCAGACAUAUCGCCCCAAGUCAUUCACCGGAAACGCCGUUGCGAGCCGUGCCGACGCGCUGAGCCAGCUUGAGGGCAACCCGAACCCGCCAACCGCACCCUCCUACAGCACUUACCAGCCCCGCGGAAACGUCGCCCAUUCCGAGUCCUCGGAUGAGGCCAGUAGCCCUGUCAGCCCCAUCGAUCGCGGCAACGCUGGCAUCAGCAGCGAAAACUACAACGGCAUCGACGUCCGAGUACCUGUCCGGGCCUCACCCGUCGUCAACCGCCAGCUCAACAAGGUUCGCAACGUCACCGGCGGUCCCGCUCAGCAACCGACGACGGGCGGCGGUGUCCGCUCUUUCAGCGGCAGCUUGCAGCUGCCCAAGAACGGCAAGGGAACGUACUCUACCGUGCCGCAGGUCUCGCCCGGCGGGGAUCUCACUGAUCCGUUUGCUACGCCUGUUACUACCCCUGGUGCCGACCAGGCGUUGCUUCCUUCUCAGCAGCAGCAGCAGCAGCAGGGAGCUCAUCACGUUAAGUUUGCGAAUGUUGAGUAUAUCACCAGCCAGCGCUACGCCAGCGAUGGUAGCAGCGGGAGCAGCGGCAGCAGUAGCAGCAAUAAUCACAACUAA